CAAGUCCGAUAAACAUCGAUUUUUAUGCCAUGCCAGCUCUAGUUGUUGUGUUGUUGCUGUUCUUUGCGGAUAACAGUUUUCAGCACGGAGUGCGUGCGUGUGCGUGCGUCCAAAACGCAGUUGUGUGUGUUGACAUCUAAGGCAAGAUGACGGAUUUUGUUGAGCUGAUGAACAGCAUGUCUAGUACAUUCAAUAGCGACUGUGCUACUUCAACAGCGGAGGGUGGUACGUUGCUAAAUUUGAACUUGGCGGAGGACAAAACCCUCAAGUGGCGUAAUUUGGCCAAUAACCAGUUCGCCAGUAAAGAGAAGAAGCAAAAGGACAAAGAGGAGGAGCGCAAGGAUGCAAGGAAUCGAGAGGAAAUCGAAGAUAUCAAAGCACUUUUGGCAGAUGUUGUCGAUGCGGCUGCUGUCAAGCUGGAAGAAGAAGCAGCGCAGAAUGCAGAAAAAGUCGAUCAAAAUACAAAAAGAGAAAGGGAUGAAGAAGAGAGUAGGAGGGAAGUGGAGUACGACCAAGAUGUCGCGAAACAAGACUCCGAAAAGGAAGAACAGCAGAAGAAUGACAGAGAGACAUCCAUAACAGUAAAGCUGGAAAGCAGUGAGCGUGCAGAGAAAUACGCAACGGAAAGUGCAACGAUGUCGACAGAGAGAUGGCAGAGCGAAAGCUUUAAAACUGAGCAGCAAAAUAAAGAAGCAGCGAAGCAAGAAGAAGAAGACAUGCUAGCAGUAACACAAAAACCUGCGGCAAUUGCAAAAUUAGGGACAAUAACAAGAACUGAGGCAGCAGCAUCUCCACUUGUUGUUAGUUCUGCUAGCGUCAAAAUCACUGCUGACGCAACCAGCCCUAGUGCCAGUAUAAACGGCGAGCAGCGAGCAGCGACGUCGGCAGGGGCUGCGACAUUAGCUGAUAAAAAUGAACAAGUUUCGCCGGGUGGAACGCGACGCUCUCGAAGAACACCCCGACCCACUGACACGCCUACUUUAGCUACUGAUGAACAAGUUCAGGUGGAUCAUAAAAAACUCGAAAAGUCGGAGCAGUAUACGGAAUGUAGUAGUAACCUGGAGAGAUUCACACUGGAAGAUAAUACUGCUAUUGUUAGACUGCAGCUGAAGAGUGAACCGGAGAAACCGUCACCGACUACAUCAUCGCCUGAGGAAAACUCGGCUCCUACUCCCAAACGAGGAAGGGGUCGAGCCAGGAAAAUAAGACCUGAUGCCGAGGUGGACACCAGUGAGGUUAUUUUACCAUGCGAGGAUCCAUUGGGUGAGAAGAAACCAGGACGUAAAAGGAAGCUCCCGGAUGAACUGCUAGAUCAGCAGCACAUAAGCGACCUUGUAGUGGUGAAAACAGAGCAGGAUGAAUUGGGUGAGGCUCCCUUGGGAGAUGUCAAGAGAAUGCGUCGUAGUGUCCGUUUGGGCAAUCGAUUACUAGCCGAUGGAAGCACCUGGGAGGAAGUAAAGACGGAGCCGCAUCCCCCUCCGCCUUCUACAGAUCUUUCCUUGACGGAGGUCACUUCUGACAUUUUGCCACUAGCCGCGCUAGAUGAGAAGACCCCACCCAAAAAGCGAGGGCGCAAGGCAAAAGUUCCACCCGGUGUGAAGUUAGAAUCAGAAACAUCCUCCGUGCUACCCAUUGCUAAUGGCAACAAGAAAUCGAAUUCCACUGGUGGAUCCGAACUUCAGCUGCCCAAGCGUUCAAAAAGAAGAAUUAAACCAACGCCAAAGAUAUUAGAAAAUGACGAGCUGCGCUGUGAGUUCGAAACGAAGCACAUUGAGCGUAUGACCCACUGGGAAAGUGCUGCAGCAGUAGAUGGGGAUUUUGAAACGCCAACAACAGGCGGUAAUGGCUCGAAUUCCUCGACCUCAAGGCAAAAGAGCGACAAGUCUGACGGGAGCAACUUCGAAGGUGGUCCAGGACAUCCAGCAGGCACAAGUGCCAUUAAGAAAAGGCUCUUCUCAAAGUCCCAGCGCGACAUUGAGAACUAUGAUGCUGCAAUGCUAGCCAAAAGCAAAUUACGCCCGUGUCCGGAUGUCGAACAGUUUCUAAGCGACAUCAAGGCAUCCCGAAUUAAUGCAAAUCGAUCACCAGAAGAAAGAAAAUUGAACAAAAAACAACAACGAAAACUGGCCAAACAGAAGGAGAAGCACCUAAAGCAUUUGGGACUGCAAAAAAACCACAUAGAUGAGCCCUCGGAUAACGACAGUUCCAAUACGGACAAUGAAUUUUUACCUACUACAAGAGUGCAGGUGGGAAAACCAAGUGUUACUUUGAGAGUGAGGAAUAGUGUUACCAAGGAUCUGCCCACAACACCCGCUGCCGCUCAGAAAUCACGGAAUCCAGUCGUACAGGCAGCAAAACUUACGAGAAGAAUAGGGGCAAGAGGAGCCGGAGAAGUUACUGUGGCAGCUCGAGCAGGUGUGUCCGUAUCUACACUCGAUGCGGAGCAGCUUCACUCGUUGAACACUUCGAUUCAAGCUGAUGUUACGCCCAUAAGAGACUUAGAUAUUAGGCCCAGCACCUCUAGAGUGGCAAAGUUUAUUUGUCUAUGCCAGAAGACUUCCCAGUACUAUGCCAGGAAUGCCCCGGAUUCAUCAUACUGCUGUGCCAUUGAUCACAUCGACGAGCAGAAAAUUGGCUGCUGCAAUGAACUAUCCUCGGAGGUUCACAAUCUACUCAGACCCAGCCAACGGGUUAGCUAUAUGAUCCUAUGCGACGAACACAAAAAGCGCCUACACUCACACAACUGCUGCGCGGGAUGUGGCAUAUUUUGUACACAGGGAAAAUUUGUGUUAUGCAAGCAGCAGCACUUCUUUCAUCCCGAUUGUGCCCAGCGAUUUAUUCUGAACACUUCAUACGAGAAAGAAGUCGUUGAUAUGGAAGAUCAGGGAGUCAAAUUCAGCAGUCCCGUGUUAGUGCUUAAGUGUCCCCACUGCGGAUUGGAUACACCAGAGCGGACCUCUACGGUAACGAUGAAGUGUCAGUCCCUGCCUGUCUUUCUGCGCACCCAAAAGUACAAGAUCAAACCCGCCAGGUUGACAACCUCUCCGCACCUUACCCAAUUUGGAACCGUUGGGAAAGUCAAUACUCCAGGAGCCAAGGCCAGAAGUAAGGGGGGACCUUCCACCGCUGUAACUUUAAGCGCGUCAUCAUGCUCUGCCUCAAAAACAAAUGGAAACCAGAGGGGCAGGGCAGGCAGCUCCAAUUCUAACUCCGGCCAUGCUCUUAAUUCGAUAAACUUUGCUCAACUCAUACCCGAUUCCGUAAUGAAUGUAGUGCUGCGGGGUCACGUGGUUUCUGCCAGUGGUCGCGUGACCACAGAGUUUACCUCGCGGGAUAUGUACUACGCAGUCCAAAACGAUGACUUGGAGCGCGUAGCGGAGAUUCUGGCUGCCGACUUCAACGUGCUGACUCCCAUACGGGAGUACUUAAAUGGCACCUGCCUCCAUUUGGUGGCCCACUCGGGAACACUUCAGAUGGCAUAUCUGUUGCUCUGCAAAGGAGCCAGUUCACCGGAUUUCGUUAACAUUGUGGAUUAUGAACUGCGGACUGCGUUAAUGUGUGCGGUGAUGAACGAGAAGUGCGACAUGCUAAAUCUUUUUCUGCAAUGUGGUGCGGAUGUGGCCAUCAAGGGUCCAGAUGGCAAGACGAGUCUGCAUAUUGCUGCCCAGUUAGGCAACUUAGAAGCCACUCAGUUGAUUAUAGACAGCUACCGAACUUCUCGAAAUAUUACCAGCUUUUUAAGUUUUAUUGAUGCUCAGGAUGAGGGCGGUUGGACGGCCAUGGUGUGGGCAGCAGAGCUGGGACACACGGAUAUAGUUAGCUUCCUGCUAAACCAGGAGGCUGAUCCUAACAUCUGCGACAAUGACAACAAUACGGUGCUACACUGGUCCACGCUGCACAAUGAUGGUCUGGACACGAUUACGGUCCUGCUGCAGGCAGGGGCGGACUGCAAUGUACAGAAUGUAGAAGGCGACACGCCUCUGCACAUUGCUUGCCGUCAUUCUGUCACCCGCAUGUGCAUCGCGUUAAUAGCUAAUGGAGCCGAUCUAAUGAUUAAGAACAAGGCGGAACAGCUGCCUUUUGAUUGCAUCCCGAACGAGGAGUCUGAGUGCGGUCGCACUGUUGGUUUUAAUAUGCAGAUGCGCAGUUUCAGGCCUCUGGGCCUCCGUACAUUUGUGGUUUGUGCAGAUGCCUCGAAUGGUAGGGAGGCACGACCAAUCCAGGCGGUUCGCAACGAACUGGCGAUGUCUGAAAAUGAGGAUGAGGCCGAUUCGCUUAUGUGGCCGGAUUUUCGCUACGUAACGCAAUGCAUCAUCCAGCAGAACUCGGUACAGAUUGACCGACGCGUUUCACAAAUGCGCAUCUGCUCCUGCUUGGAUAGUUGCAGUAGCGAUCGCUGUCAGUGCAAUGGAGCCUCCUCGCAGAAUUGGUAUACUGCCGAAAGUCGACUGACUGCUGACUUUAACUACGAUGAUCCUGCGGUAAUUUUUGAAUGCAACGACGUCUGUGGUUGUAAUCAGCUUUCCUGCAAAAACCGCGUGGUACAGAAUGGGACAAGGACACCUCUACAGAUUGUCGAGUGCGAGGAGCAGGCGAAGGGCUGGGGUGUACGGGCGCUGGCCAAUGUUCCCAAGGGCACUUUCGUGGCCAGUUAUACGGGUGAGAUUUUGACUGCAAUGGAGGCAGAUCGACGCACCGAUGACAGUUACUAUUUUGACUUGGACAACGGUCACUGCAUCGAUGCCAACUAUUAUGGCAAUGUAACCCGGUUUUUUAACCACUCGUGUGAACCGAAUGUUUUGCCUGUUCGUGUUUUCUACGAGCAUCAGGACUACAGAUUCCCCAAGAUAGCCUUUUUUGCCUGCCGCGACAUCGAUGCCGGAGAGGAGAUAUGCUUUGAUUACGGUGAAAAAUUCUGGCGCGUGGAACAUCGCUCCUGUGUGGGAUGCCGAUGCCUGACAGCAACCUGCAAGUACGCCUCCCAAUCCUCAAGCACAAAUGCCUCGCCCACGGAUGCAACAACUGUACCGGAAGAUGCAACGGGAACGUUGUCAUCUAUAAAUCCGGAGAAAAUUGAGCAGGCGUAGGCAAAAACCACCUCAACUUGAAAUGAUUUCAGAUUCCUCAGUCUCGUCCGACAAACAAAUUACCCACCAAAACCAUCAGCAACCAAAUAAGACGGACAUCUUACAUCACAGCAUCAGCAGAUUCGAUAACCAUGUUUGUAAUAUUUAUGAACGUAUGAACGAUGAAUCAUUAUCGAUGCCCGACCGGGACUUUCUUCUUUGACUGCCAAAUGUUUCAUGGUUAACAAAUGUUUAUCUAUUUUUACGCAUACAUAUAGUGUUUGUUUAUUAUUAAUUUCGUUUGAUUUGUAUUAAUUUUCUGACCCCCUAUCAUUAAUGUUUUUAUUUGUAUUACUUGUAAAAACAAAUUAGUUUAUACUUCCUGCGUGAGACAAACUAAUCAAAUAAGAAGGGCAAAUCAAAAUUGCUUCACGACAUUGUGGGUGUGUGUUUCCGAAACUUAAAUGUUUCAAACUUAAAAUUAGACUUGGACAUUACCAGGGUUAUAUAGAAUCGUAAUGCCGGAAAAGUCCAUCUAGUCAUAAGAAUGAAGGAGACGGAGUAUAUCAAUAGGAAAGAGAACACAUAUUUUUUUUUAUAGAAGUAGUCAGUUUUUUUUUUAAGUUUUAUCAGCAUGCUCAAGAAAUACGUUAAAAAAUUAAAUAAAAUGUUUGCUUUUACCUUUAACCAUGAAAAUUAGACGGUGCAAUAAUCAUUUAAGCUGCACUGUAAUGGGCACAUAAAUGUUACGAGAAACCAAAAGUAAAAAACAUUGUCUAUAUUACACAUAUACAUGUUUUGUGCAGGGUUAAGUACUGACACACACCCCCAAUUUAUUAGCACUCUACUAAUCCCAUCGAAUCUGGAAUCUUUAUCUGGUAUCAAAAUUGUUCAGUUUGCUAAGCAAGCCAAGCCACAAGUGCCUACAAGAAAAUUAUACCUAACCCGUUUGCCCUCUAGGAAAACCCUAACUUGGUUUUAAAGCAAUAUAGUUUUAUAUCGGUACAAUCUAUCCGCUUUCACCUUCGAUAGUCAGCCGAAAAUUGAUGCGACGGAGCAUUGAUUACUUCAUGUAGGAAUUCUUCGAUUUCGAUCAUAUAUAAGAGUCCCAACCCACGCAGUAUAUCCCCGCCUUUGCUAUAUAGACUUUGACAUACAUGUAUGGCUGUAAACGUUAAUGUGGGGUUUCUAUAUAUUAUUAACUUUAACUGUUUAAAACGACAAUAUGUAAUUUAAGUCGCAAGAUUUUCCCUUUCAGCCACAAAGUCAAGACUCAUAGGUCAAAGGUCACAAAAAGAGGCGCUUCUGUGAUUUUCUGUUGGCAUUUCUAUCCGUAUUUGUGUACCUACGACAAGAGUCAAGAAUAAUAAUAUAUGUAUACAGUUCAGUGUCCCCGGGGGUAUUCAAUGCGUACCACAUAUUGACACAGAAAAAUAAGGUAUUUAAUUUUAACUGUUAUAGCUGACAGUGAAGGCUGUUAUCUAAGUGGUUUUGUGUUCUUUAGUUUUGUUUUUCUUGUGCAAACAAACUUGUGAGUUGCACCCAAAAUUUAAGGAAUACGGUUUGUAAGGAGGCAGUUAUAUAAACGUUUAACCAUAAGAUAUUGAAUUGAUUAAAUUCACCAUAAAGGAGCACAGCAGAAAAGGUGCAAACAAUAAACAAAUAUCAUCAGUGUGCACA